AUGGCUGAACCACGUUCUGCUAGCAGUAAGACUCUUAGUGGGGCGAAGCGAAAUGGUACUAGCAUUGAGUUUGAUGUUGCAGAAUUCAUGCAAGCUAUGGACUGCACAGAGAAACAUACGGUAUUAGGCAUAGAUGAGGCAGGAAGAGGUCCUGUUAUUGGCCCCAUGGUAUACACAGGAGCCAUGAUUGCCCUUCACGAGCAUGAUCGUCUCGUAGAAUACUGUGGGGUAAAUGACAGCAAAGUGCUUGGGGAGAACCAGCGGAAGGCUGUGCUUCGUAAGCUUAAGGAGCUGAAGACCUUCAGGACCUUCACUGUUGUUGUCACACCCGAUGAAAUUGCCGCAGCUAUGACAGGCAUUCACGGCACGAAUCUGAACACUCUUAGCCAUAGUACAGCCAUGAAUAUCAUCUCCAAGGCAACUCUAGAAGCCACAGGAAUGCUGUGUGGUGCCUACAUUGACACUGUGGGUCCACCAGAGCCUUACCAGCAACGCCUUUCCGGACGUUUUCCGCAUUUGCGCAUAACAGUUGCAAAAAAGGCGGAAACAAAGUUCCCUAUUGUGGCAGCCGCCUCUAUAGUGGCGAAGGUGGAACGUGACAGUCACAUCGAACGACUCGGCAUUGACGUUGGCAGUGGAUACCCAAGCGACCCCAAGGUGAUGUCUUGGGUGCGGUCCCACGUUCACCGCUUUUUUGUACUGCCCCAUAAAUUUGACUUUGUUCGGCUGAGUUGGGGUCCCGUCGUUGAGCUUGCCAAAAACCCAGACGUCUGUGUCCCCAUAGUCUUUGAGGAGGACACCAAGAGUAAAGCAGAAAAGAAGCGUGCUGCAACUGGUGGAACUAGCGAUGGUAAAAAGCAGCGUCUUUUGAGCUUUGUUAAACCACCACCGCGCCGACACACGGUGUACACGCACCUGCUGAGGCUGAGGACGGUGGCGACCAUCCAGGAUACUCGGCACCCCCCACUGGUGUAA